AUGACUCAAUCUCCUCCCCCUGGUCGUUCAAACUCUUCCAAGCAGCCUGAACGCUCCGUGAGUGAAGAUUGCCUCAGCGACGAGGAAGAAACUAUGAACAUCCUCCUUUCUCUCCUCUCAUCCGUAACCUUGAGUAGGAGCAACGCUAUGCUCAUGAUGUCCGCUGUUCUUGGCAGUGCCCGCCCUUCAACUCCAUCAAGUCCCAUAUACACCAGCUCUUCCCCAUCUUCCUCAAUAGUUCAAGGGUCGCUUGCCGCCAGCUCUACUGUGGUAUCUGGUCCUUCAGCUGCUGCUUCUUCACGCACUCCUGCUUUGGGUGCCGCCUCUUCUCCGCUUACUCCUGCUUUGGGUGCCAGUGCUUAUGCGACAGUUUCUCCGAUCACCACCAGCUCUCCUCUUUUCACCACAGCACUUGGCUCGCUCGCUACCCCUGCCGCUCCACCUGGAGGUAAUGUGCCAAAUGCCUCACAGGCUAUCACUCGCACAUACCUCGGCCAGGUUUAUGAGGUUCCUGAUGCUGGGACAGCUGGUCCCUUCUAUUUGGUCACCAGAGGACGUAGAAUUGGUAUCUUUGCUGCGUGGCAGUCUACCUCUCCUCUCGUUAUCGCUGUCAGCCGCGCCGUUUUUACUCGCUGUCCUUCUAUUUCCGCCGGUAUCACAGCCAUGCAGAACACAAUCGAAGCGGCGUUCAAGAUUCAGAUUUCGCAGCCAUUGCGCUCCACACACGCAGUUUCGCUUAGCGACCCAUCGUCUGUCGCUCUUCUCCGUGGACUUGUCUCCACCGCAGACUUAGCAUACACCUCUCAUCAUGCGGCUGGUAUCUUCGCAGGACAUAGGGAUCAAAUAUCGAAGUCUUUCCCUAAAAACUGGCUACCCGAUACCUCCAACUUUCUCCCUUUCUCAUCAUCCUCCACAUCCAAUGCCAUACAGCAUCCUAUACCCAUACUCAUGGCAGAAGCAGAGGAAAAAUUUCGCAACCUCUUGUCCAGGCAGAGCAAGUCUCUCGAACACGCAGUCGCAGAGUACAAGAGGAGAUACAAUCGAAACCCACCAAAGGGCUUUGACGACUGGUGGGCUUUCGCAAAGCAGCACAAUGUAAAGUUGGUGGAUGAGUAUGACGGGCUCGUAGAAGACUUGGCCCCCUUCUGGAACUUGACCGGCCAAGAGUUACGCCGGAGAGCGCUUCAGGUUGGCAGAUUGCCCUCUAUUGACUUGGUACGCAUUCAGGACGGCGUAGCCAUCAAUGCCAAUGUCGAAAAGAUAUGGGUAGAUACCGAGCGCGGCCACCGGUCUCUCGGCUUUCGUACUAUGAUGGAGAAAUUCCAAGAGAAGCUACCAGAUAUGUACUUUCCCGUCAACGCCAAAGCUGAAGGACGCGUAUUGGUACCAUGGGAGCAUCAGAACUAUCCCAAUCUGACAGAACAAGAUUCAACAUCAGAGUUUGAGGUGAUGUUACGUGAAUUCUCACCAGAUUGGAGCGGGAGGGGCAAUGUAUGGGAAGCCUGGCGCCGCACUUGUCCUGCCGACUCACCUGCGAGGCGCCUCUUCAGCUCACGCCGCGGACCUACCAAUGAAAACAUCAAGGUUUUCCUUGGACCCGUAGCCGAAGCGCGAGAUGAAGUUACGUUCGUGGAACAACCGGACACUAACCUUGAUUUCUGUGAAUAUCCUUGGGCGCAUUAUAACCAGGGCCACUUUUUCUCGGACUGGAGGACGAUACCCAUCCUUUACCCCGUUUUCUCCCCUGCAAGAGCUCAAGGUUUUUCGGAUAUUAGAAUACCAAGUCAUUACUAUCAUGGUCAAAACCAGUACUAUACCUAUGGUUGGGAUCCGCUCAAUGUAGAGCCCAAGCUUGUCGACGACAUGGAGGUGCCCUGGGACGACAAGGAAGACGCCAUCUUCUGGCGAGGCGCUACCACUGGAGGAGGGAACUCGCCACCCGGCUUCGCUGCACAAUAUCAGCGUCACAGGUUCCUCCAGAUGUCGGAUGUAAGGAUGGAUGCCAAUCGUACAAUCGCCUUUGCGGACCCGCCAUCGAGCACCAAUUUUGUUUCUGCCCGAGUCUCUUCCAAGCAACUGAACGACGAAAUAAUGGACACUGCAUUUGUCUCGUCUACUGGCAACUACCCUGAAGGCGAGGAAGCACUGAGGGAACACCAUCGAUUUGCUGACUCGGUGCCCCUUGGUAAACACUGGUCAUACAAAUACUUGAUUGACCUCGACGGGAUGUCCUAUUCAGCACGUUUCAUGGCAUUCUUGGCGUCCGAUAGCGCCGUGAUCAAGUCGACGGUAUAUAGAGAAUAUUUCACGGAUUGGAUACAGCCUUGGUUACACUACAUACCCUUGUCAUCCUCUUACCAAGAGAUUUAUAACAUACACGCGUUCUUCUCCGGUGCUACGCAGUCCACUUUAGAGGCCGCAAACUCAACCUCAUUGCAACUUGCACUACAUGAGCGACGAUCAGAAGAUGGCGACAUGCGUUUGCGACGGAUAGCCCGAGCCGGGAAACAGUGGAAACAGACGAUAGGGCGAACUAUCGACAUGGAAGCUUAUGUGUACAGGUUGUGCCUAGAAUACGCAAGACUAUGGGCAGAUGACCGUGACUCGAUGUCCUUUACGCUAUGA